GUAAAUGAGUUAAGAAAGAAAAGAGUUCGAAAAAUAGUUUUAUCCACUUUACUAACAUUAUCAUUAAUAACAUAGUGGCUUUAAACUAAGAGAAGCAAAUUUCAAUUAUCAAAGAAAGAUAUAAUACUUUAAAGGAGAAGAUUUCAUUAAAUUCACAACAACAAAUUUUGAAGAAAUUAAGGGUUUAGUUCCAUUAACUGAUAAAAAGAAGGAUGCCGCAUAAAUUGCUAAAUACUUGAUAGAAUGCAAAAUUAUAUGGAGAGUCGAUAGGCAUAGAGAUGACCCAAAGAAAAAAUGGCCAAAAUUGUUGACUUUAGUUAGAGUUUUAAUAUUUCAAUAUGUGAUAGGAUUAAAGUUUUAUAGAAGAUGGCUUCUACACAUGGAGUAUAGAUGUUAAAAACAAAAUGAAUUCAAUAAAGUUGGCAGCCAUUUUGAUUGGUGUAUUUUUGAUCUGUCUUUUUCCAAUAUGGCCUUUUUCAUUUAAAUAUGGUAUAUUUAAAUUUACAAUAUAUUUGCUAAUAUUUUUAAUUGGACUUUAAGUCAUUAGAAUAUUGUUAUAUUCAAUAAUAAGAUUAUUUGGAUAUGAAUUCUGGAUUUUACCAAAUAUGAACGAUGAUGUAAAUGAAAUUUAUAUUAUUUAGUCUUAUGGUAUAUUAGGAUCAUUUUUACCUAUUUAUUCAUUAACAAAAUAUACAGAUGGAAAAUUGGAAAUAGUACUUAGAUUUAUAGGAUUGGUUGCAUUUUUUUUGUUGAUUUAUUUCAUAAUAUAAGAACCUCAUCAUCUAACUAAUAUUACAGAUGCAACUGGAUAAACAUUAGAUGAUGUAUUUUUAUGGGGAAAAGAAAAAAUGGAAGGAAAAUAAGUAAAAUUAUAAUAUUGAAAUUAGGAACCUUUGCAUAGAAGAGCAAUACCAGAUUUAAGUGAAUUGAUAAAAUAAGCAGAAGAGGAUUCUCAAAAUGUACUUAAUAAUGAAAAUUUGGAUAACCAUGAAACUUAAAAUGAUUUGUGA